UGCAGACUCUCUGCUGCGUUGCCCCAGGGGAAGUACAUGAUAAUCGUUCCUGUAAAGCAGCUGUUUUAUAGUUGAGACUUUUGCCCCCUACACUCAUUAGCCUACAUCUGUCUGUACUCAGUCGGUCUCGCUGUUGUUCCUCCAGUCUUGCUCCGGACUAAGAAGCUCCAGGAAGGAGGGUGUCUUACCCCCCUCACUUUGGAUGGAAAUUCACAAGUGAAAACGAUUUCUGAAGAUGGAAAAAGGAUACCCACCACAGGAGGCAGCUCCACCAUACCCUGGGCCACCCAUGAGCUAUGGUGGUGCUCCUCAGCCAGGGAUGUACCCUCCGCCUGGCAUCUCCCCUGCAGGACCUCCGCCUGCUGGAUAUCAGGGAGGUCCUCCUAUGGUUCCAGGCAUAUCUGUUCCUGCCACGACAGUGACUCACGUGGUCGUAACACCUGCAUUACAUGACAUCCCGGGACAAACUGUGUGUCCCCAUUGCCAGCAGACAGUGAUCACCAAGACGGAGCACACAGCGGGCCUGAUGGCCUGGGCCAUCUGUGCCGGACUCGCUGUCUUUGGGUGUUUUCUUUGCUGUUGCAUCCCGUUCUGCAUUGAUUCCUGUCAAGACGUCGAGCAUCGCUGUCCGAACUGCCACAAUGUCGUCUACAUAUACAAGCGACUGUGAACCCUUCCUGACUGUGACUGAGGGGGAAUGACUUCGUGCUUAUCUGUAGUCUUUUAAUAUCCUUACUUGCUCUACAAAACUGCAACCUUUUGAUACUAAUCACAAAUAAUACAAAGCACUUAUUUACAUGAGGCAUUAUUACUGUGAGGCGUUAUAUUCAGCAACCAUUGACACAUUUGUUAUUCAUGAAAGGAAUGUAAACCAACAAACACACCAAUAAACUUUUUGAUCAUGUUUAAUGUUUUAUUUCAGUUAAUAUGUAUUUUUUUCUUGACAAAAAGACAUUGCUGUUUUCGAUACUUUGUCUGAGUCCGCCAGUGUUUUGUUUUUCACACAUUCUACUUUGUCUGAAGAUUUUGCUUUGAUGAAUUAACAUAAAAUCCCCUGGUUCUUA